AUGUUCAACCUAUCACUGGUAAGUCACAAACGGAUACUCACGGGGUAUACUAACCAAUUGCAAAAAGUUCUAACCCGAUUCAAGAACGCGCAGUUAGAAGAAAUCAGCAUUCAAAACCUGCAAGAUGAGAUAACGCCUACCGUUAUUCACACAAGCCUACAGCAGUUAGAGAAAGGAGUUGCAGCGUUAGAAAACAUGACCACAAAGAUUCAACACGCACUAGAUGAACUCGCUACCAUGUUCGAAAAGGCACACCCAACGUUACCGAAUAUUGAAGAAGAGUUCACACAGUACUCUAGUACUGCCGAAGAAGCUAUUGGCAAUACUUUCGAAUACCUUGUACUCCUUCAUGCUUGGAUCCAUGGCUUUAAGGCUCACGCUGAGCUUCUCAACACAUCCUACAAACCCUCCACUACGAACAGUCGCGAAAAAUCUGGAGCUACCCACAAUCCCUAUCCCAAUAUUCAUUGGCUACAUAUGGGACUGGGACAACUUUUGGGAGCUUUUAACUUAAAUGUACAUUCACAAAAUCUUUCCGAGCUACAAAAAUUUAACUACCUGCUUAGCUCCUUAACGGGCGAACCUCUACAAUCGAAGAAGAAGUUCCAACUCACUCGGCAAAACUACGCAAAAGCCAUAGAAUUCUUUAUUAAUAAGUACGGUAAUUCUGAAGAACUCAUUCGUCAGUUUCUCAGAAAGAUGGACAAACUCUCCCUUAACUCAUCGUCCAUACAAAAGCAACGCAGACUAUUGGAAGACAUAGAAGCCAUCAUUGGCCAAUUAGUGCAUAAAGGUAAAAAUGUCGACAAUCAGUUCAUGUAUCAAAAGGUUCUUUCGAAAUUUCCGGUCGGGAUCCAACGCAAAGUACUUUGCAAAAAGAUCACUUCUCUAGACGAACCCUUUACCAUGCAACAGCUUCUAAAAUAUUUUGAAGAGGUUAUAACCAGCGAGGAACUGGUGUAUCGCCAGACCACCUCAACACCUCCUCGAGAUACAGUUUGCUUCAACAAUGAAGGCAAAUAUUGGAAGUCGCCGACGACAAAACUCUUGUGCAUGUAUUGUAAAGGCGACCAUAAGCCUUUCUAUUGCAGUAAAUACGAAACACCUCAAAGAAGAUACCAGUAUCUUCAAAAUAAUAACCUAUGCCAUAUUUGCGCCUCUUCAUCCCACAGCACAGUUCAGUGCAACGGGUCGUCAUGUCGUAAGUGCCAGAGCAACAGUAACAAUAAGCAGUUACAGCGUUAUAGUAGAAGUAAUAAUAACAAAAAGUAA